GCACGAUCAGUGCAAUAACUCCUGACAAGUGCCGCGCUAUAGACUACAUGAGGGAGAUUAGUUAGUGGUGUUCUUCCAGUUGCAGGUUCUGCAAGCUACUCAAAUUACUCGAAAUGGACAAGCACAAUGUAACGAUGUACAAAGUUCUAGUUGUACUGGUACUGAUCUGUAGCGUGAACAGUGCGAAUAUUUUGGUUUUAAUGAGUGUUCCUUCUCCAAGUCACUUUUUAUUAAUACGACCCAUUGUAAACAAUCUGGCAUCUCGUGGGCACAAUGUGACGGUUUUGAGUGUUAAUACGGAUUUUGAUCCUCCAGUCAACGUUAGCUAUAUUCAUUUGGAGAAUACUUACAACGUCCUCAAUGGCAAUGGGACAGUGGCCAACAACAUCCUUAAACGGGGUGAAGAAAAUCCCUUCCAGGCUACGAUGUCUUUCUACAGAUUCGGUACACUGGGUUGCAUAGGAGCAACAAGUUCCAAAGGAUGGCAAACGUUGCAGGAUUAUCCGGACACGUUUCACUUUGACCUCAUUAUCUACGAUUUCACAACGGGCCCUUGCGUGUUGGGCUUCCUGCACAAGUUCAAUUAUCCACCGUUGAUCAGUAUCACGGGUUUCAGUAUUCCUCAGUUCAGUCAUUAUCUGGUUGGAGGCUACAAACCGUCUUCCACCGUGCCCCAUUUCACGAUGCUCUACGACUCGGAUAUGACCUUUUCGCAGAGAAUGUACAACUUUGUGGUCCAGAACUUUGAUUCAAUCUAUCGUCAGUGGGUUUUCUUGCCUAGAAUUCAGAGAUUAGCCCAGAAGGCAUCUAACUUUCCUUUGCCCAACCUCGGAGCGCUAGAAGAACACACCCAACUGAUGUUGGUCAAUUCAAAUCCAGUGGUGGAUCCUGCCGAAAUUUUACCCCAAAAUGUAAUUGCCGUCGGUGGACUACAGAUUGUUCAGCCUAAACCUUUGCCUGAGGAAAUUGCAAAGUUUAUUGAAAACUCUCGCAAAGGAGCUGUUCUUUUUGCUAUGGGAACUAACUUCAAGAGCAAGAUGUUUACGCCCGAACGCCAGGCAAUGUUCAUUGAGGCAUUCAAUCAACUCCCCGAAUAUAAUUUUUUGUGGAAGUUUGACGACGAAAACUUGCCAAUGCCUGCAUCCAACAACCUAAUGGUGACCCCCUGGCUACCCCAGAACGACAUUCUCGCACAUCCAAACGUUAAAGCCUUCAUCAGUCAUUGCGGAAUGCUGAGUACCUACGAAGCUUCCUUUCAUGGAGUUCCGAUCGUAGGAUUACCAAUCUAUGUCGAUCAACACAGAAACGCCCAAAGGACAGUUCGAGCUGGCGUAGGUGUAGCGCUAGACAUGAAAACACUUUCUGCUGACAAAAUCCGUCAAGCUCUGUUGCAGGUUCUGGAAGAUUCACAAAUCCAGAGCAAGAUGAAAAAGCGCUCAGCACUACUGAAAGAUCAACCCGAAAAGCCAAUCGAUCGCGCGCUAUGGUGGAUAGAGUGGGUUCUCAGACACCCACAUUCCAACCACCUUCGGUCCCCAUUGCUAAAGCUGAAUUAUUUAGCGAAAAAUAAUUUAGAUGUAUUUAGUUUGUUGACCACGAUCAUUGUGAUCGUAUUUAUUGCAGGUUACAAAUGUCUCAAAAAUACUCGUAAAACUAACAUCAAAACACUCGACACCAAUAAAAAGUUGAAGUAAACGACUAACGUUAGCUUAGAUUUGUUAUUUGUUUUUUCUUUCCCUACUAACAGUAGAGUUUGUUUGAUUACAAAACACAUUUUUCAACACCAAGAAAAAGCCAACCGGAAGUAAUGCAAGGAACAGCACAACAUCCACCAAAUUACUUCUCAGGAAUCCUAGCUUCAGCACCGGUGAUUCCAGGCUGUUCUCGGCGGGAUGACGAAGUGCCCAUUCGAUCCACCAAACGGCCCGCGUCAGCGGCUUCUCCGGUUGAUCCCGGAAAAGUGUCGAUAUCCGCUUCAUGUUGGUGACAUAUUUGCUCGAUUCCAGUACGUGUUUUACCGUUUCGCGGAACUGUUCCGUGGUCAUCGUCUGGAAGGUAAUACGCUCGGCCACUCCCAGGCGGAUGCAUUUCUCGAGGUUCUGUGGGAGAGAAAAGCUAAGAAUUUAAACUAAACUCUAAAGAUGUUAUUUCUACAGAUUUUUCAAUUCUAAGAAUUUUU